GGACAAUUGCCAGACGGUUGGGUAAUUUCUACCCAACUUUUUCACUCCGUUGAAUUAUUGUUAUAUCUGGGUUUAUUUGAUCGAAAAAUUUUGCAUUGUCUGAUCGGGUCAUGGUAAGGGGGUCUCUGACAAGUGCUAGGGAUAAUGUAUAUAUCGGUUACACUGCGGCAAUAUACAGUGGUUAGUGGUUGAUGAACGCGCAGCGUGACUAAUCGAAUUAACGUUGCUUUGAGGAUCAGGGGCCGUGGAUGAUCCGAUCACGUGGCCGAUGGACGAAUUGCCAACGAUGCGAACCACUUCCAUACUGCGAGAUGACGAUGGAUGUGAGCAAGACGGAGCCGAGUAAAAAUGGAGCUCCUCAGCAGGAAUGCGCCGGAUGUGGAAAACCAAUUACCGAGAGGUACCUCCUGAAGGCCCUAGACAUGUUUUGGCACGAAGAUUGCUUGAAAUGCGGUUGUUGCGAUUGCCGACUCGGUGAAGUAGGUUCAACCCUCUACACAAAAGCCAAUCUGAUUCUCUGCAAGCGCGAUUACCUCAGAUUAUUUGGUAACACUGGAUACUGUGCUGCAUGCUCCAAGGUUAUUCCGGCAUUUGAAAUGGUCAUGAGAGCUAGAGCUAAUGUCUAUCAUCUAGAGUGCUUCGCUUGUCAGCAGUGCAAUCACAGAUUUUGCGUAGGGGACAGAUUCUAUUUAUGCGAAAACAAAAUUCUCUGCGAGUAUGAUUACGAGGAGCGACUGGUAUUCGCAAACAUGGCCCUUCAUCCACCGCCCACGGCAACACUAGCGCACAUAAAGCGUCAGGUGACACAUCUCCAGCCCCAGAACGUAGCUGCAGCCCAGGCAAGACAAACAAAUGGAGAUAUUGCCCAUAACCACAAUGGGUAUCAGCCAGCAGCAACCUCUACCGGGGCCCAUAAUUCUCUAAAUCCCAUGAAUAAUUUAAAUGGAAUCAACGCACAAACUACGUACGACACCAAAUGACAGUCAAAGUAGGAGAAAUUUUUUUACCUAAAUAAUGGUGAAUCUAUUUCUCCCCGGAAGAAAGAAAAACGAUGGAGAAAUGUCUAAAGCUGCCAAAGACUAGAACAAUCGGGAUUACUUGUUUACCCGCAACUCAGUCCUCUUACGCAUUGCAAAAAAAUAUUUUGCAAAUUCUAAAUAGAUAUGCCUUGCGAUGAAUUUUUUCUUACCGCACGCGUAAAAAUUAAUCUAGAAAUUCAACAAUUUCAUUUUAUUUUUCAAAAGUCAAAGCUAAUGAAAAUAUUUUAUUUUCGAGGGCUCGAUAAGAUUAAAAAUAUGUAGUCAACAGCAAAUGAUAAAUUAAUAUCUCAUUAAUUCCAUUAUUUCAAUAUUUUUUCCCUGUUAUAUUGCACAAUUAAAUUAUUAUCUGGUUACGUGUAAUUAGGCUGUAAAUACUGAGGGAAAUGUAUGGAAAUUAUUUAAAAUAAUUCAUAAGCUCUCAUUUGUUGAUUCCAGUAUAUUUCCUCAGUAAAAAAAAAUUGGUGCUCUCUAGAAAAUUAAAAUCCAUUGUUAGGAAAAACAUUAAAGCCAAUGGAUUCUAAAAGGCCUCUCCCCACCGAUAUAAAUCAUCUGCAAGUUCCUCUCACACGAGAAAAAAAUGCUGGACAAAAAUUACGUAGAAAUUCUGGUAAAUUAUACCGUACAAGUUAACAAGUUAACUAUAUUUCCACUUCAAUGGAAAAUUUUUAUACAAAAAUCUAAAGCGUCAAUUUUUCCAAAAUUUUCACAGUAAUUUCCACAAUUUUUCACAGUCAGUGAAUGAUAAUUUUUUUCAUUAUUCGAGAAAGAAUUUCUCUCAGUGCUGUAAUUUUUCUCCAGCUCUUUUCUCCAUUAAAUUAAACGUUAACCAAAUAAAAAUGAUUUUGAAAAAGAAUUGUUAGAUAGAUCGGGUAUUCGAGCGAGAGUUAGCCGGGGUACAACCCCGGGGGUAUAAUACGUUAGGGGUGACUUAGCGUCGUUUCAACUUUGAAUCUCCGUAGAGGCCCAGAUUGAUGCGGCCAACUUUUACGUUGCCUUAUUUGCGAGUCAGAUAACGAGGCUGAGUUAUGCCCAAAGUUUUUAAACACAGGAGGAAUAAACCGGAGGGCGAGGAUGGAAAAAUGCUUUAUUUCAGGUCAUGUGUAACCAAAGGGCCACAUACAUUCGCAGGUUGUGGAUGAGGGGAUGAUUGGGCGAAUGGAAUGAAUGAAGCUGAAUCGUGCCUGCGACGAAUGCUUCCAAAUGUAAAAGAAUGUUUAAAAAAUAGUUGUAAUUUAUGUAAAAAUACCACAGAGAGAGAAAAAUUCAAUAAAAAUUAUUCAAAUAAUUCGGUAAUUGUGGAGUGAACGGUCAUUAAGAGAUAAACUAUCAAAUAACAUUGAAUUUUUACAUAAUAUUACAGACAAAUCAGGGUCUGUUCUGUAAACAAUUCAAGUUGUUUGGUAAUUUUUCUCUAAAUGAUACUUCGCAUUAAAAAUAAACAUUAAAAAUUUAUCAUUUUCCUGUGAUCAAAAUUUAUUCGUAUGAAUAAUCUCUCUGUGUUUCCCGAGUGGAAUAAAAAAAAUCUAAAAAUGUAUACUAUCCUAGCGUCAAUAAUCCACGACUAAUAAACGUACUUUUCUGUAACAUUUGUUGAAUCCGGGAGAAUUGUAAAGAGACUUCCCUCCUCCCCCCCAAAAAAAAAACACCGAACCAUGUUUUUUGUAUUAUAGUUUAUCACUGUGAAACGAGAAUAAAGAAUUCUUUCGAUGUUAAUAUUACACCAGUUGGAUUAUGUAUGAAAAAAAAAAUAUAAUGGGAAAUUGAUCCCGGAAUUUUAACACGAAAUAUUCAUCGAUAACGUCUCUUCACACUCGAUUC